AAUAAAAAACCCUUUAAGCACUUCCUUUUAACUAGAACCAAAAAAGAGUUCAUAUUAUAAAAUGGCAUCCAAAAUGGUUGGUAUGGUUCUAGCCAUGGUCCUUAUUGUCUCCAUAUGUGGUGGAGCUAUGGCUCAAUCAGGCUGCACCAAUGCCCUCAUGGGUAUGUCUUCUUGCCUUAACUUCAUUACAGGAAAUAGAUCCACCCCUUCGUCUUCUUGUUGCUCGCAGCUCGGAAAUGUUGUUCAAUCUCAGCCGCAAUGCCUUUGCCAAGUUCUAAAUGGUGCGGGUAUUAAUCUUGGUAUAAGUAUUAACCGAACACUCGCUCUUACACUUCCUGGUGCUUGUAAUGUUCAGACUCCACCGGUCAGCCAAUGCGACGCUGCAAACGGGCCACCUGCUACGCCCACGCCAGCUGCUUCUCCUGAAGGAUCUACUUUCGAACCAAAUAUAUUGCCAGAAAGCCCAACCGAGUCGAAUACUCCAUCAGGAUCAGGGUCAAAGACAGAUGGUUUGACACCUAAUGGAAGCCAAUCGCCGGUGCCUCUUCAUCUCUUGGCGCUAGUAAUGUUUGUGGUGUCGUGGGCUUCAACAACUACUAGUUUCGGAUUGUAACUCCAUUUAUUUGUUCUUCAAUGUGCUAAAGAAGUUUGAUUUCUUGUUUAUGUUGGAAGGUUUGUGAGAGUGACUUAUUAUUUAUUGGAGGAGGGAUUUUUUAUUUUUAAAAAGAUAGCAAUUUGUUGUUUUUGUGCAAAUAUAUUGAUGUGUUUCGAUUUCUAGCAUGGUAAA